UGGACCUUGACGUGCGCGGCGUGAAAAUGUCGAUUCCUGGCUGCGCUGCUGGCGGCCGCGCGUACACGUAGGGUGAAGGGCUGCCGGGGGGGAAGAGAGAGAGAGAGAGAGAGAGAGAGAGAGAGAGAGAGCUGCCGUGCUCCAAGGCCGUUUCAAGGCCCUCGGCGAAUGUCAGCGUUGUAGAAAAAAAAAAAAGGAAAAGACGCGGAGGGAGAAACGCGCGUCCGAAGACCUCGGUCUCGAAGGGGUAGUCGGCAUCGCGCGAGCUGGCCACGAGGUUCACGUGCGGCUUUCCCCGCGAUCAACCGGCUCUUCACCGUAUUCCACGCGGAAUUCCAUACGGGAACGAUGAGGUUCCCGCGGAUGCUGCUCGUCGUCGGCUAUUUGCUGCGCUAUCACGUCGCCCGUUCAAUAGCCGCGCCUGCAAGAGCUACAAGUCAGGCUUUAUUGGACGAAAAUGAUAUUACGCUUGGAGAUGACAGCGAUGAUGACGUCACGACAGAAGAGCCGUAUCUCAAAAAGUGCAUCGUAGACGGAAAGUUCUAUUCUCACAGCCAAACGAUACCGUCGUAUGACGCGAAUUCGCAUUGCAUGUGCGUCGUCGGCGAAGUUUACUGUUGGUGGCAAAAUUAUAAUUUGAACGCCGCCGCCUCGUCGCUCGGCUCGUCUUCUCUGCGAUCGACCGCGGUGGAAAGCAAUUACACUUCAUCCCUGGGAAUGAGUACGGACGUUGUGGAUGGCUUCGAGGCUUCCGGAAAUUUUGACCCGUCGGUCGGCCAACAAGGACACAUAGAAAUUAACACCACUCUGUCAACCACAACGCCUUCUGCACCGACCAUUUGCCUCGUUAUGGGAAGGGAGUAUCGACAGGGUGAGAUACUACCACACUCAACCGGGAACUGCGUUGAAUGCAGCUGCGGCUCCGAAGGCCGCAUCGAAUGCUCGCCGAGAGACUGUGUGGCACUGCGACCCGAGAUAUUAGUCGCACCUGAUAAACCCGAGGUACCCGACGGCGAUUUCGAAGUUUUCAACUUAGCGCGGGAUUGGGAUAUUGACGAAAAUUUCUAAAGUAUCUGAUAACGAGUCGUGCAAACUUGCUCGGUUCUGACUGCUGCGAUAUUAUAUUCAUGUUGUCAAAAAGCCAUUUCACGUUUAAUCGUUUAAUUAAACGCGACUUCAAAGAAGAACAGGCACCUGUAAAGGAAAACAGAUCCUUGAGAGUAGAUUGAUUCUAAAAUAAUAUAACGGCGAAAAUUGGAUUAUCGGGGUGAA